AUGGCUGAAGAUUUACAACAACGUCUUGAACAAUGUCAAAAAGAAAAUGAUGAAAUGAAAAAAACAAUUGCAACACUUGAAAAAAACGUUCGUUAUUCUUUUUUAAUUUAUAGUGAUCUUCUUCCAACAGCUAAUAUUGAUCAAGGAGAGGCGCACAUUACAAUGACAGAAGACUUUGAUCAAAUAAACCUCAAGUCCGACUAUAGUCAAGAUUAUACUGUUCAUCAUCCUAUUCUUAAUACACUUACAUCAGAUGAACAAAAUCCUUUAUUAACUGCAUCUGUACAAAUUCCUAAAGAAGGUACAGGAAAUGAUUCGACUGAAUAUGGAUCUGAACGAAGAGAAUUUGGUGAUUUUGGUUUAUAUAAUGCUAAAGUUAAUAUUGAAUUAAAAAUAAAUCAUGAUGGCGAAGUUAAUCGUGCUAGUUAUAUGCCACAAAAUUCAUCAUUUAUUGCAACCAACUCUCCAUCAGCUGUUGUAUUAAUAUAUAAUUAUACUAAAUUAGCAACUCAAAAUAUUGAUUGUCGUCCUGAGUUACGUCUUUGUGGACAUACAAAAGAAGGUUAUGCUCUUUCAUGGAAUCCUAAUAUUAAUAGACAUAUAUUAUCUGCAUCCAAUGAUCAGACAAUUUGUUUAUGGAAUACUGAAAAACUAGCAAUAGAAGAAAAAUUUGAUUUUGCUUGGCAUUUAUUUCAUAAAACACUUUUUGGUUCCGUUGGUGAUGAUCGUAAAUUAACGAUUUGGAAUAUACGUUCAUCACAUUAUACAAAAUCAUCUCAUGUUGCUGAUGCACAUAGUGCAGAAGUUAAUUGCUUAUCAUUUAAUUUAUUUUCAGAAUAUAUUCGUGCAACUGGUUCAGCUGAUAAAACAGUUGCACUUUGGGAUCUUCGAAACCUCAUGUUAAAAUUACAUAUAUUUGAAUCACAUAAAAAUGAAAUAUUUCAAGUACAAUCGUCACAUCAUAAUGAAACAAUUCUUGCAUCAAGUGGUACUGGUAGACGAUUGCGUGUUUGGGAUUUAAGUAAAAUUGGUGAAGAACAAACAAAUGAUAAUGCUGAAGAUGGUCCAUCGGAAUUGUUGUUCAUUCAUGAUUGGCAUAGAGGAAAAAUUUCAGAUUUUUCACGGAAUCCAACUGAACCAUGGAUUACUUCUUCAGUACCAGAAGAUAAUAUUGUGCAAGGUUGGCAAAUGGCAGAAAACAUCUAUACGGAAGAUGGAAAUGAAGCAAAUUCUGUUGAUCUUGAAUAA